GGAGUCUAGGGCUAAGUCUGGUUUGCCAGGAGCUGGAGCCCCAUUCACGAUCAUGGCGGCAGGGUUGUCUGUUUUGGGUUGCUCUCGCUCGCUGACACGCGUCUUGCGGGUUAGGACCUACACGUUACCUGUUUCCAUGAUGGUCAGAACUGCCGAGGAGCAGAAGCGGUGGUCCUCAGUUAGCAAUUUGACCAUACAGGAGAGAAUCGAGAGGAAAUCACAAAGGGCGAUACUUGGAGGAGGUCAACAUCGGAUAGAUGCCCAACACAAGAGGGGGAAGCUGACUGCCAGGGAACGUAUUCAGCUACUCCUGGAUCCUGACUCCUUCGUAGAAUAUGAUAAAUUCGUCGAACACAGGUGCUCAGAUUUUGGUAUGGGCAUGGAAGACAAUAAGUUUCCUGGUGACAGUGUGGUGACUGGUCAGGGCCAAAUUAAUGGGCGACUUGUUUAUGUCUUCAGCCAGGACUUUACAGUCUUUGGAGGAAGUUUGUCAGGAGCUCAUGCACAAAAAAUCUGUAAGAUUAUGGAUCAGGCUAUCUUGGUGGGAGCUCCAGUUAUAGGUCUGAAUGACUCUGGAGGGGCACGUAUUCAGGAGGGUGUCGAGUCCUUGGCUGGUUAUGCUGAUAUUUUCCUGAGAAAUGUAUUGACCUCUGGAGUCAUUCCCCAGAUCUCCCUGAUUAUGGGUCCCUGUGCAGGAGGUGCUGUCUAUUCACCUGCCUUAACUGACUUUACAUUUAUGGUGAAGGGCACCUCUUACUUGUUCAUUACUGGGCCAGAUGUGGUAAAAUCUGUUACAAACGAGGAUGUGACUCAGGAAGACCUUGGUGGUGCAAAAACCCACACUGCAGUUUCAGGUGUUGCACACAGGGCUUUUGAAAAUGAUAUUGAUGCCUUAUUGAACUUAAGAGAGUUUUUUAAUUAUAUACCACUGAAUAACAAAGAUCCAGCUCCAGUAAGAGAAUGUCAAGAUCCAUGUGACAGGAUGGUACCAAGCUUGGAUACAUUGGUUCCCCUUGAAUCCACAAAGGCAUACGAUAUGUUGGAUAUUGUCCAUGCGAUUGUGGAUGAAAGAGAAUUUUUUGAGCUCAUGCCUAAUUAUGCAAAGAAUAUUAUUAUCGGAUUUGCCAGAAUGAAUGGAGGCACAGUGGGAAUUGUGGGUAAUCAGCCUAAAGUGGCUUCAGGUUGUCUGGACAUUAAUGCAUCCGUUAAAGGAGCUCGUUUUGUCAGAUUCUGUGAUGCAUUUAACAUCCCUAUCAUUACAUUUGUGGAUGUGCCUGGAUUCUUGCCAGGAACCAGUCAAGAAUAUGGUGGAAUAAUCAGACAUGGUGCCAAGUUGCUUUAUGCCUUUGCUGAGGCAACAGUUCCCAAAAUUACAGUAAUCACUCGAAAGGCUUAUGGAGGUGCUUAUGACGUGAUGAGCUCCAAGCACUUAAGAGGAGACAUGAACUAUGCUUGGCCAACAGCUGAGGUUGCAGUAAUGGGGGCAAAGGGUGCUGUGCAGAUUAUCUUCAAAGGAAAGGGAAAUGAGGAGAAAGCAGAGGCGGAAUAUGUGGAGACUUUUGCAAAUCCAUUUCCUGCAGCUGUUAGAGGUUUUGUUGAUGAUAUAAUUCAACCAGCAACCACUCGAAAGCGAAUUUGUCAAGACUUGGAGAUGCUAGCAAACAAGAAACAGACCAACCCUUGGAAAAAGCAUGGCAAUAUUCCAUUGUAAAGCAAAAACCUUUAGAGCUACAGGACAAUGGGAUAGAAAAAUUAUCUAUUUAAAAGGACUGAAUUAUUUUAAUGGAUAAAAAUAAUCUUCAAUCUGUUCAACAGGAACUAAGUUUUUUAGUAAUAACUUUAGAAUGAACAAAAUAAAUUGUUCUUGUGAA